UAGUUUACAACUUGGGCAUAACAGUCCACAGCACAACACAGUCCUCAACACGCCGUUCAAUACAACACAUUAAUAUACAAUAUAUAGGCCUACAAAGGCGUUUAUACAUCGUUAAAUAUAGCCUACCCUACAAAUGAUUCAUUUAAAAUAUAUUCUUCAAUCUGUAUUUUGUUUAUUGGAUUGUAUUGCUGUCUGUUUUGACCUAUUUCUAGCAUAGUAAUUAUACUUGUAUGGUAGGCUUAUUGUAUGGUAAUGUGUAGUUCCCGCUAGUGUUGAUAUUGUUGAUGGACCAAAUUUUUAACCUAUUGCUGAUAUAAUUUUAUCCUGAUUUAACCAUGAAAAAUGUAUAUGUUUAAAGGUGGAUUAAUUUGUGGGCUACUGUCUCUGUCACCUGAAAACAAAAUAUGCCUAAAUAAAUGAAUAAAUAAAUUCAGCAUAGUUAAAUAAACUUGCCUAGUUACAUUUAAAAAACCGUAAAAAGUAAUAACACAUACCCAUAUCAUGUGAAGCAUUUCCAGGCUUCCUUAAUAACUUCACUUCCCUGCUGGAAACUGAAACAAUCUCGUUCCAGUCUGAAACGGCAGUUGGCCCCUCCUAUUUAGAUAUAAAAAGGGAAGAAGACAGGAGAAAGGAUGUCGAGAUGAAACCAUGUGGCAUUUCUAUUUUUUUAUAUAUAUAUUUGAAAUGGGACAGAUACAAGCAAGUUGACAUAUUGACAAAACUAAGCCUGCUCCAAAGCCUGCAAAAAUAUGGUUAAACUGUAUUUAUAAACAUAACAUUUGUGUUGAAAAAUGUUCAGCUCGGCCUAUAGGCUUUUACCAAGUGUUUUCCACUAAACCAAUCUAUUUGAUUAGUGUUCUGUAAAUGUUUCGUUCACGUGAGGAUUUCGAUUAAAUUCCAGUCCCAAUGGAAGGAAGCAUAGAGGUUUUAGCAACAAAACAACUCAAGAAUUGAAAGACAGAGUUCAUAAUAGUAUCUCAUCUCAGUGAGAACAUUAAGACGCUUUCAACAGGAUCUUUAUCACUCUCCAAUAAAAUUGGUGAUAUUUUCUUUCAAGUAAUGUUGACCCUUAAAAUUAAAGUUCUUAAAAUUUAACUUUAAUGCCUAAAGUAAGGGUAUUUAGUAUAUUUAUCAAAAAUAGUAUCGGCUAGUAUAUUUAUCAUGAAUAGUAUAGCCUAGUAUAUUUAUCAAGAGAGUAGAGACUAGUAUAUUUAUUAUAUAGUAGGCCUGUAGGUUAGUAUAUGUAUCAUUCAAUGGUUGUAAAUGUAUUAAUGUCAGACGGAAUUGAUCGUUUAUGAGAUGAUUAUGAGAUGAUUUACGGUUCAACCUCAAUGUGAUGUUGAUAGACAUGGUUAACUGUAUUCGCCGAUAUAUAAUACGCUGUAAUAGUUAUUAUAGUAUAACCUAGUAGUAUAGUGUUAUAGUAGUUUAUUAUUACAGUAGGCGAUAUGUUAUGAGUUGAGCCUUUAUGUGUGACUGUUCAUUUUUCUGCCGCUGAGAUUCUGAGAGUUGGAGCUCAUGUCUCUCCGAGCCUUGCGAAGCAGCAGAUGGAGCCGGUCCAUGCUCGAUCUCACUGCGCAUCUGGCGCUGCGCUUCCCGCCCUGUCGGUGAGGCUGCUCCAGGAGCUAAGCCCUAUUAGCACCGUCUACUACGCAACUGGUGCCUCGCGCACACACAGCGCGCUCUGCCGGGUGGAAAACUUAAUCCUCACAUGCGACAACUGGCCUUCAAUCGCGCGGAGGUUUCAUCAAGCCUCGAGGCAAAACAAUCGAAUUACUUAAUUUGCUCAUGGACAUGAGGGCCUUGAGAUCUUUAUAUAUAUAUAUUUUAUUAAACCUUGCAUAAUGUGUGCGUUUCAUUAUCUUGUUUUGUGGUUGUAAAUUCUCAUUUGAUUACGAUAUAUUUUAGAAGAGAUGUAGAAUAAUAUUGUUGAGAUGAGAGAGUGUUGUGGUGGUUAUUCAACGAUAGGCCUGAGACCUGCAGGAACAGAUGGAUAAAUAGUUUGCUAAUUCAAGACUAAGAGUCAAUAGCGGCGUCGAACUGGCCUGCCUAUCUGUCGGUCUGUCUGUAGCAGCGUCUGUGGUGACUAGAUAUUAUAAUGACACAGUCUGCACUCUGCAGAUUAAUAUAACGUCGUUACAGUUUAAACAAUAACCGGUUGUUUCAGUUAAACAUUGAUUAACAUGUCCAUGUUCCUGUUGGGCAGCCGUUUUCGAUAGUGGAGUGGGCGGAUGAGUUUAGGGGUCUAGACGCUCCCGGAGUAAUUGCGAUAAUUUGGGUUAAAUAAUUAGGCUUUGGGCUUUAAAACACUUUAAAAGCACCGUCCUGCCCUCACGUUGACUCACGUUCUGUUCUCCCUCCCUCCAUCCCUCCCUCUGUGUGUGUGUGCGUGUUGGUGUGUCUGAAUGUGUUAUAUCUGACAGACUGCUAGAGUAGUUCAGUACUGAGGCAGACAGAGAGAGCUGCAGGGCCUGACCGGAAGCACAGCCUUCUUCUGUCGUUUCACAUUUCUAUUUUCCUCUCUUCCCUCCCGAGCCGGCAGGCCCUUGCUCUCAAUCCCUCUCUCUCUCUACCCGCCUAACCAGCUCAGGACCACCCUGUGGGCACGCGGCCAGGUGAGUGCGGGUGGUUCGGAUCAUCAUACUGACCGCCGUGUCUCACGCUGAUUUCCCGUUCCCGUUCCAGUGUCGCCAGCUGACCUCCAUGCACGCCCCGCCUGUCACACAAUGGAGUCAGGGUCUUGUAGCGGUCUGCUCGAGGGCAACAUGGCAGAGGCAGAGGACACUUCCUCUCAGCGCGUGAGCACGGGUUGAAGCGGCUCGAUCCAAACCGACAAAAGAGACUGAGUUUGUGUCGCCGUUUCCCUCACGAGCUGCAACCCUAUCGCCCUUCUGCAUGAGCGCAGAGCAGAAACACACACACAAACUUCUCCUGGUAAUAUCACAAAGCCUCUACAAUUGACUGUGAAACGACAUUUGUUUUGCCUAUAAAUGUACGUUAUAAAUGUCCAAGAUCCAUUCACGACAUAAAAUAAAAGCAAUGAGGUUUAUUUCUCAAAGAAAAUCCAGUGCUGUUAGCAGAAAUGAUUCCCUGAUUAUUCUCUUCCUCCCUGGUAUACACUCAUUGCAUAGCCUAAUUUUCGAUCAAAACAAAAUAUUGUCGCUUAAUUCCAAAUACAUCUGGAGCAGACGUUACUGUUUAAUAUGGGGUGCAUUUGAUUUAAAAACAAACAUAAUAUAAUACUAGUAAUAAUAAUAAUAAAAGGCAAUACAUAAGUCUAUAAUAAUAUAUAAUAAUGAUAUUAAUUACACAACAAUAACGAUAAUAAUUAAAAUAAAACAAUAAGAAUAAUAAUUAUAAUGGUAGUAGUAGUAGUAAUAAUAAUUAGCUUAUUAAUUAAUAGAGACUUGUUGACCGGGCACGGCUCUGUUUGAAAAAACAAAAUAGCCUACAUCAAAUUACAUUAAGUUCAAUAGAUGAGAAAAAAAUAUUCUAAAACGAAAAAACAUGUUUAUUUAAUAAUUAUAGCCUAUAUAAAUAAACGUGGGGAUGUUUUGAAAUCAACUUACAUUUUUGUUGAAAAUCCGACUAGUUUUGUAAUAGCCUAGGUUUAAGCCAUGUGGGUAAAACGAAGAAAGCAAACCGUCUGAAAAUACAAUAAAGAAAAUGUCCACAAAAAUGGUAAAACAUUUUGAAAGUGUCGGUUCCUUAUUAGGGAAGAUACAAUAUUUAUUCCUUGUCUCCUGGGAUGGAAACAGCUAGCUCUUCUAUUGUCCUCCAUCCAUUCCUCAGUGCUGAUGCUUAUUUUUCUAACUAUAUUAUCAGGGGACCACCGACGACAUCACAACAGAAAUACCCUGCAAGUACAAAAUCUGUGCGCCAGCCGGUGUGAUGGUACAGAGGGAAAACGCUCGUGUUCCACCAGCUAUCCGCGGCUCCGUGCAGGGACUUUUUCCACUUCUCUCGGUUUGGGGAUUUUAACGGAAAGCAUUUGUUCGAUCAGGAGGGAAAGCUGGUUAGCGGAGCAACACCAUGUCAGCCACGUUCCCCGGUUUGGUCCAUGAUGCCGAGAUACGUCAUGACGGGUCCAACAGUUACCGUCUGAUGCAGCUUGGUUGCCUUGAGAGCGUCGCCAACUCCUCCGUGGCUUACAGCUCGUCCUCGCCGCUCACAGCCUACCCCGCGGCGGCUACAGAGUUUGCCUCGCCCUACUUCUCCACCAACCACCAGUACACCCCCCUGCACCACCAGUCCUUCCACUAUGACUUCCAGCACUCCCACCCAGCCGUGGGCCCAGAGGCGUACGGCCUCAACUCUCUCCACUCCGGGCAGUACUACCAGCAGAUUCACCACGCGACCCACGGAGACACAGACUUCAUCAACCUGCACAGCGCCCGUGCACUUAAGUCGUCGUGCCUGGACGAGCAGCAGCGGCGCGAGCUGGGCUGCCUGGACGCCUACCGGCGCCAUGACCUGUCUUUGAUGACGUCACACGGUGGGCAGUACGGCAUGCACCACGACCAGAGGCUGCUGCCUGCAGCCGGUCUGGGGCUCCCUCCCCCCGGGGCGGACGACCUGCAGGGCUCCGUGGAGGCGCAGUGCGGGCUUGUGCUCAAUGGCCAAGGCGGCAUCAUCCGAAGAGGAGGAACCUGUGUGGUGAACCCUACAGAUCUGUUCUGCUCUGUCCCCGGCCGUCUGUCCCUCCUGAGCUCAACCUCUAAAUAUAAAGUCACCAUUGCUGAGGUGAAGAGACGCCUCUCGCCUCCAGAGUGUCUCAACGCCUCACUUCUGGGAGGAAUAUUGCGCAGAGCUAAGUCUAAGAAUGGUGGUCGUUGUCUGAGAGAGAAGUUGGAUCGACUGGGACUCAACCUGCCAGCUGGUCGGAGAAAAGCUGCCAACGUUACACUCCUCACCUCUCUGGUGGAAGGUGAGGCGCUCCACCUGGCUAGAGACUUUGGUUAUACGUGUGAGACAGAGUUUCCUACCAAGGCAGCAGGAGAACACCUAGCCAGACAACACAAUGAACCCAAGGAGACCAGUGGGCGCAAGAAGAUGGUACUGGCCACCAAGCAGAUCUGUAAAGAGUUCCAGGACCUGUUGAGUCAGGACCGUUCUCCUCUUGGCUCCUCCAGACCCACACCUAUACUGGACCUGGAUAUACAGAGACACCUCACACACUUCAGUCUGAUCACCCAUGGAUUCGGGACUCCGGCUGUGUGCGCGGCUCUCAGCACCUUCCAGACCGUUCUUAGUGAGAUGCUCAACUUCCUGGAUAAACAUUCUGCAGCCGGGAACCCUGGGAAAACCUCUGGUCAGGAGACUGAAAAGACCGGAACUGUCCGGAAAACCAGCGAGCUGCUCAAUAAAGACGGCAAAGCUGAAAAGACAGAGUAGCCCUUUUCCUGUGCUGUGCAGUGUAUGUGCCUGUGUUUGUCAGGGUUGGAUCCCUGGGAGGAGGAGCUCAUCUCUGUGGAGACUGACAGAGACAUUUAUUCAUUCUGAACAACAGGAAGUAGAGAUAGGGACUUCUGGUCAGCGCCAUCUGGGAGUUAAAGGGAGAGGAGCGGGGUACACAUGUACACACACAUAAACACAUAUACACACAGAACGUUCUCCCUUCAGUCUCCACCUGAACAGUGCAAUUAAUGCCAUUAUGUUGUUUAACGUUUUAGAACCACGAGACUGGGGUCUGGGUUCACUAUGUUGGUGAGAGUGUGAGACUGGGUUUACUAUGUUGGUGAGAGUGUGAGACUGGGUUUACUAUGUUGGUGAGAGUGUGAGACUGGGUUCACUAUGUUGGUGAGAGUGUGAGACUGGGUUCACUAUGUUGGUGAGAGAGUGAGACUGGGUUUACUAUGUUGGUGAGAGUGUGAGACUGGGUUUACUAUGUUGGUGAGAGUGUGAGACUGGGUUUACUAUGUUGGUGAGAGUGUGAGACUGGGUUCACUAUGUUGGUGAGAGUGUGUGUGUGUGUGUGUGUGUGUGUGUGUGUGUGUGUGUGUGUGUGUGUGUGUGUGUGUGUGUGUGUGUGUGUGUGUGUGUCUGUGUGUGUGUGUGCCUGUGUGUGCGUGCGUGUGUGUGAGUCCAGAUUUCUGAGACUCUGCCAUUUUGUAAAGGUGACUAUACAGUUACCAUGGAAACAUUUUGUUGUGCAUGUCUAUCUUUGUACACUCCCCAGAACUACAAUUAUGAUACAAGCUCUUUGACCCUUCAUAAACAUUUGUAUAGAUAUAUAUAUAAAUAUUUAAAUAACUUUUCUUGUAGGCUUUGAAUUACAUAUACUGUAUGUUAAAACCAUACCUUCUAAAA